CACGCGCUGUUUGACUGCCGCUUGCACACAACAUUACCAAGAGAGCAGCCAAAGUUUCAUUGAUUCAAACCACCAGACCAUGAUCACAACCAGACCACCCACAUGCCCUUGUCCUCAGUGCGGGUUCGCAUCGUCUGAAAAGCCACUUCCCAAUGGGAUCUCACCGGCUCGACUUCAGGUUUUCUUUGACUGUAACGAUGCUCCUGUAGGUGCUGAACGCGCAGAACUGGAAGCCGUUGUCUGUGAAGGAGAACACUAUUUAGCCCUCCUCCAGCAACGCAUUUCACAAACUCGAGAUACGCUUGAAUCACUCUUGGAAGAGCAGAAACGAGCAGUGAAGCACAUUUCUGACUCGAAACUGGUCCUAAAUCCUGUCCGUCGCCUACCCUCCGAGAUUUUGAGCCAUAUCUUUCUUUCAUGUAUCCUUCCGGAUAGCGAGCUGUUACGGUCAAGCGAUGGGGAAGAGGAUGCUUCAUUACUGGAUUCCCUCAACAUCACAGACUCCCCCUGGAAUGUAUCCUACGUCUCGUCUCAAUGGCGACACGCUGCUUUGGCCACAGCUAAGCUAUGGUCAUUCAUCAGGCUCCAACUUCACAGAUACAAGAGCCAUGCCGCUUCCUUAUUCCGUCUCGGGACAUAUCUGGAGAGGUCCGGCACCCAACAGCUUACCGUUGCUAUUGAGAGUGAGGAGGACAUGUCGGACCACCCCAUUCUUCCCGUAAUUCUCUCCGCCUCUCCUCGCUGGAAAAAACUCUUCGUCGGUCUUCCCUUCUCCGCAUUCCGUAUCUUCAACAACAUCUCUGGUUCACUGAGCGCCCUGACAUGGCUUGGCAUAUACAUGGAUAGUGAACCAGACACGGGAACCGAGCCGAUAUCCAUGAUCGAAGCUUUCCGCUUUGCGCCGCAAUUGCAGGAAUUAAAAAUUGUGGAAUGGGAUUGGGGGACUAAUUUUCAUGAUCUGUUCCAUUUACCGUGGGAACAUAUUACGGAAGCGUCGACGCAAGGGAACAAUAUGCAGGCCCUCGCAGUUCUGCAAAGGGCGCCGAAUUUGGUGUCUGCUCUUUUCUCGGCGGAUGUAGACUUCCUCUCAGAUACCCCAUCUGAAUUGUGUUGGCACGCCCAUCUCCAGGUCCUGGACGUAACCACCGGCACUGGUUCUUCGCCAGAAUUCAUAGUUGAGCUGUUUGAAAGGCUCGCUUUGCCGGGACUCCUAGAGUUACGGAUUGCGCUCAGCGGCACGGAAGAAGAAAUCGUUUUGCCGGAAUUCACUUCAGAGACUGCGCCAAUUUUGGAGGAUCUAUGUAUACAGAUCGACGAUUCAAAUACUCUGGACAGUGAAACACUUGCAUGUCUGUUGAAGCACACCCCCCUGCUGACGGACCUGAAAGUCAGCGCGAGGGUGACGACCGAUAAUGUCUUUCUUCAGCUAGGGAGAAAGAGAGACAUUUCGCGGUUGGUCCCUCUGCUACGCAGCAUAGACUUGACAGGAUCGACGUUCGAGUUCGAGGAUGCGAGCAAUAUCAUCAUUGGGAUGGUCGCCUCGCGAACUGAACCAGCUGAAGGUUGCGUAUCCUUGCAAACCCUUAUUCUGGAUGAGCCUUUUUUUUUUGAGGACGAUGAUCUUUCCGCGAGGUGGGAGAGGCUUGGCCAGGACGGCCUGGAUAUUCAGUAUAGUGGAUGAAAUGUGCAGGAGAGGUUUCUUUUUAUCCCAAGUUCGACCGAACGUGGUCUUCGCGUGCACAGUACGUUGGAAGCCUGUGAAGCACAGGCCAUGUCGACGAGACUGAGAGGAGCACACAAUCUCAUGAACAUCUGUGUAAAUACGCUGCACUGUACGACGUAUCCAGGAUAGUAAAAUGCUUCGUCUAUUGAAAUUUA